AAGCCAAGCAACCCUGUAGGCACCAUCCAUCCCAUGAUUCCAUCCGUCUUAAAAUUGUAUGCUGCUGCGUCGUCUUCGUCGGUUUCGUGACUCGCGCAAAAAUUCUAUGGAUCGAAUGUGUAGCAUAGUGAGCGUGGUACACCACUCCCGAGGGUAAUCCGCUAAUCUGCUUGACUGCCUUCAGCCUUCAGUCCUUCAGCGUCGAAGGCGUUGAACACAAGCAGCACAGGCCCGCGCUGCGGUCGCCCAUAGUCCUCGUGAUAGCCUUUGUAAACGCACGGCACUGCGUUCAUUGUGCUCCGUAUUUACUCCACAACAUUUUUUUUUUUUUUUCUUCUGCGGUGGUGCACUACAUUAUAUAGCAGGGGUGUGCAGGUGCCAACUGUGUGACAAUGAAAUGGGAGCGAACUGACUUCUGGGGGAAGAGGGUGGACGACCAGCGCCUGGGCUUCAGUUCAUACAUUGGUGCCACAGACCGCACAGUGCGCAACCUGUACCGUGCACUCAGACCGUCCGAGAAGCCAGAACUGACACGGUCGUCGCACGGUGGCAUCUUCAACCUUUCCUUUUCCCCAGACGGCUCUAUUUUGGUAGCAGCCACAGAGGGCAAAAGUAUCCUCGUCUUUGACCCCCUCUGCCACAGACAGAUAAAAAAGGUGGAACAUGCACAUCGUGACUGCAUCAACUAUGCCAGGUUCCUGGAUUCACGAAUGUUUGCCACUUGCUCCGACGACACUACAGUGGCACUGUGGGAUGUGCGGAACUUACACAGAAAAAUACGUUCUUUGGUUGGCCACUGCAACUGGGUCAAAAACAUUGAGUAUGCGUGUGAUGCAGGGCUGCUAGUCACGUCGGGCUUUGAUGGAAGCAUCCACACUUGGGACAUCAACAAGUUCUCCGAGACAGGCACCGAAUUCCAGAGGAUCUUCUAUACCAACGGGCUCAUGCGGAUGCGGCUGACACCGGACAACCAGAAGAUGGUCAUCUGCACAACAGGGGGCUACUUGGUGGUGAUCCACGAUCUAGACCUCCAAACAUUGGCCCACGACUUGCGGGGCUUCCAGCUGCCACGCACGUACCGCUGGAAGUCCACCCAGAAGGUGUCCUUCCACGCGGGCGACUGCCGCAGCCACCACUUCCCUGGCAAGCGCAAUCGGGUGGAGCUCAUCUGCGACUUCCCCCGGGACAAUGAAGCCGAGAUCAUCUCGUCCUUGCAAGUGCACCCGCACGGCUGGUGCGUGUUGUCCCGCAACACGAGUCGGAACGAAAAGUCAGAGUGGACUUGCGUGCACGACAUCCAAGGCCAGCCGCCCCUAGACGACAGCAACGACACCAGCAGUUCGGGAGAAGAGAAAGACACGGCGGACUCGGACAGUGACUCAGGGGGUGCCCUACCCAACUGGCACCUACUGCGACCGCGGUCAGCAUCCAUCUUUCUGCACACCGAGUGGGAGCACUGGAUGCCGGAAGUGUGGAGGGAGCCCCAAGAAAUGCCAGAGUCCCGGGUCUUCCACGUGUCCACAGGAGCGGGACAUCCCUCGGUGACGGAAGGCUCCAUGGAGGACGCGGUGGGACUCCUGCCCGGGCCCCAGCCCAUUUUGGGACUGCAGCCUUCGAGUUGGGGGGGCGAGCCCAACCACCGGGAGACCAGGUGCAAGGUGUCGUCCAUGCCACGCCUCCUCUACUACACGCAGGAGCUCAAUCGCGGCCGUGGCUGGAUCAAGGAGCUGUGCUUCAGCACCGACGGACGACUCGUGUGUUCUCCGCUCGAGCGUGGCGUCCGGUUGCUGGCGUUCGAUGCUGACCUGCGGGAGCUGAGCGACUGUGUGCCACAGUCGCCGCCCAAGCCCUUGGUACACAUGUUGACCAACACGAGUCACUCCAAUUAUGUGGUGAGCACCAAGUUUUCACCCACACACUGCCUCCUAGCGUCGGGUUGCCUCAAUGGACAAGUGUGCUUCCAUAGGCCAGUCUUGUGAUUGGCAGACCUUUAAAGCUUGUGGGGGACUACUGACACGUGAAAAAGUUGGCAGGUGCUGCAGUUGCUUUCUGAAAGCACGGGGACGUGGCAGGCGGCCUGCUACAUUGACAGUUUGUUGCAGUCCUGCUUCCUCGAGUCAUCGGAGCCAAGUGUGUGUGACACAGUGGGCAGUGUUCGUGCCGAAUCUCGUGCAACUUACGUUCUCAUUCUUGUCGCUGGCCGUUUCAGCCACGUUUGAUUUGCAAAGACGAUGAGGGCAGUUUCCUAUGCCGAAUUGUGUUGCCACCAUUAUGUACAGGGUGUGUGUAUGUAAAGAUGUCAAUAAAGUCGCUUCAAAUGAAAUGUAA